UCUCUGCGCUCGCUCCGUCGUCCGGCUGCCGGUUCUGGUCCCUCUUCGGUCUCAGUCGCGGCGGUGGCAUCCUGCUGCACGCAACGCGCGCGUCUCGGCCCGAUUCGAAGAGCGGUUCAUCAUCGCCGCUUGCUUCCGCGCCGGUUUUAAUCAAAUCACAUAUUUCCGGCGUUGGUGAGGGGUGCUCUCUUUACAGCCGCCGCAUCUCCAUCCUCGCAGGCAGAUGCAUUUCGAUCAUAUAAUAUCAUCGAAAUCACUGACGCGAUAUGGCAAUUCUCUUCACCUUGAAGCAAAAAUUUGAUAUGCUCUCUACAUCUUGAAAAACAUCCUUCCGUUUUAGCAGCGGUCGGAACGAUGGGAUUGCCCAAGGGAUAUUCUUCAGCGGGGUUAAUUACUAUACCUGAGUCGGCAAUCUCGGCGAACCCCAUGACCAUGAUGAACCUGACCGAGGACCCAGGGACCCCUGAAGAGCGCAAAUGGGAGAGCUAUCGUCUUACUGUCUCCAAUCAGCAACAGCAGUUCGCCAUCUGGACUUCCAUGCCUGGUUUACGAUCACCACCAAGAGCGUCGGUUCGAAACGUACCAAGGUUAAAUGACGACGAGCGAAUCAACAGUUCCACCUCGAGUCUGUUGUUCGUAGGCGUGAUGACGGCUCAAAAGUACUUGGACACACGAGCCAAGGCCGUCUACGAGACCUGGGGCAAGGAAUUACCCGGCAAGAUAGCCUUCUUCUCGUCGGAAUCCUCGACGAUACCCGAAAACUGCCCCGAUUUGCCGUUGGUGCCGCUUCCGCGAGUGGACGAUACCUAUCCGCCGCAGAAGAAGUCCUUUAUGAUGUUGGAGUACAUGUGGAGCAACUUCGGCGAUCGUUUCGAGUGGUUCUUGAGGGCGGACGAUGACGUAUACGUAAGGACAGAUCGGUUGGAGAAGCUGCUGAGAUCCGUCGAUUCCAGAAGAGCGAUGUACAUCGGACAAGCCGGCAGAGGCAACUCGGAAGAAUUCGGGCUGCUGUCGUUGGAGUACGAUGAGAAUUUCUGCAUGGGUGGUCCCGGGGUGGUCCUGUCCAGAGAGACUCUCGGGAGGAUCGUACCGCACAUCAAGUACUGCCUGCGCCAUUUGUACACCACCCACGAGGACGUCGAGCUAGGCAGAUGCGUGAAAAAGUACGCGGGAAUUCCUUGCACUUGGAGUUACGAGAUGCAGUCCAUUCUUUAUCACAACAGCAGCGGAGUUCAGGCAUUCACCGGAAGUCUCAAGAAAAAGGAAGUUCAUCGUGCCAUUACUUUGCAUCCUAUAAAAAGUCCUCCUCACAUGUACAGACUGCACAAUUACAUGAGGGGACUGCGGAUACAAGAUCUGCAACAAGAGAGGAUUCAUCUGCAUAGAGACAUUCAUAUGAUGGCCCAGGAAUUAGGAGUUAGCCUUGAAACUUUAAGGAAUUACGAAAUAGCGGAUGGUGUACGUCUUUUUCCGGUUGAUCCUAAUUCCGAAGAUUACCCCGGCGACACGGACAUACUAGGUGUGCCGACGAGUUUACGUUCGUUCAAACCGACGACGAGCGACGAAGUGAUCCCAUGGGACUUUCUUUCGAGAGCGGAGUACAGUUUGACCGAUUCCAAUCCAAGGCGGCGUAUUCAUAGCGACAUCAAGGAGGGUCUGGAAGAUAUCACGAGGGAGGUCAUGGCCUCCAUCAAUUCCUAUUCGCGGCAGCGCGGUCGCGUUGUCGAGGAACGAUCAGCCCUUUAUGGAUACAGAAGGGUGAACUCUUAUGGGGCCGACACCAUAUUAGAUCUUCUAUUAGUGUAUCGGAAGUACCGGGGCAGGAAAGUUACUCUUCCCGUCAGACGACACGUUUAUCUCCAUCAACAUUUCACUGGAUUAGAAAUACGCGAGACAGUGAAUGGAGUCGAAGUUGAAUUUCGUCCGAAAUCAGAUGACAAGUCUAUUCACAAUUUAUUUCACGGUGGUUUUCUGAAUCUUAAUUUCAACUCGGAGGAGGAAGAUCCGGUACGGAGCAAGACCAUAAACUUUAUCGUACCUCUGUCAGGUCGCUACGAAAUUUUCCAAAGGUUUCUUCAGAAUUACGAAGACAUCUGUUUGACGAGCGGCGAGAAGACAUCUUUGCUCGUCGUGCUCUACCAACACAAGAGCGAAAACUCUCUCAACAAGACGAUAGAUCUGAUAGAGAAGCUCAAGUACAAAUAUCGCACUGCCAGUAUAGAGGUUCUGCCGGUUUCCGGAGACUUUUCCAGAGCCAGAGCUUUAGACUUGGGCGUGUCGAGACUGCAGGCGGACGAUCUACUGCUGUUCAUCGACGUGGACAUUGUGUUCACGAGUUCGGCGUUGAACAAGAUACGGCUGAACACGCUACCAGGUCGGAGAAUGUACUUUCCGAUCGUUUUCAGUCAAUAUGAUCCUAAGGUCGUUUACGGCGAGGCCGGAAAGCAGGACAAGUUUACCAUAAACGAGAUCUCUGGACACUGGAGGCAGUACGGUUUCGGGAUCGUCUCUCUGUAUAAAAGAGAUUAUCGUGCCUUGGGCGGUUUGGAUCUCUCGAUUCAAGGAUGGGGCAAGGAGGACGUGGAAUUCUUCGAGAAGGCGGUUAAAUCGGAUCUCGAUGUCUUCAGGGCGGCGGAUAGGCACUUGGUGCACGUGUAUCAUGAAAUAGAAUGCAACAGGGAGCUUUCCAGUCUACAGUUGUCCAUGUGUAUUGGAUCCAAGACCGACACGUACGCCGGGGUCGACACUUUGGCAGACAUGAUUUACGCCAAUCCCAACAUAUUGCGCUUUGCCAAAGAGAGAAGACAAAAGAGGACCAAUCCCGCCGGUUAAUCGAUUCAUUCGAAAUCAAAGUGAUAAAUCUGUGAAAUGGGGGCUGUCGAAAAUUAUAUUAUUUUGAAAAACAGUUUAAUUUUUGCUAUAAAUUACAUAUAUAAGAGACCUGUGAAUAAUAUGUAUCCCAUCAAGGUAAAACAUAUUUUUUUCGUUACGCCUUGGCUUUUUAAUUACGGGAUAUACUAGCUAUAAUGUGUUAAAUUGAUGAAUGGACCAUCAGAACUCUAAACUUCGGUGCCAGAAUAUUUCGUUACUAUUAUUUUUUAAUUAUUUAAACGUUGUAAAUAUAUAGAGUGCGAGACGAACAAAUAAAAAUUACUAUAAUUUAACGUGUCACUGUAUGACAAAAUGUAUAUAUAUAAUAUAUCAAAAUUUUGAUUGAAAAUUUUAAGGUUUUAAUUGUGAAAUAAAGAUAUUACGCGUAAUGAUCUUUGAAAAGACUAGAUCUGAAAGAGACAAUAAAAAUUACCAAAGUCAUUGUAAACAUAUUAAUAGAUUUUUACGUGUGCAAAAAUGGUUUCCAUUUUCGUUGUUAGUUUAUGUAAAACAAUAUUAUUUUUACCGUCAAGUGAUCUUUUUUAUCGAUAAGCUGAAAAUAAACCGAUAUUGUCUA